CUCCUCCCGGCCGCCGCUCGCUGCCUCCGGCCCGGCCCGCAGGGAGGGAGGGAGGGGAGGAGGCAGCGGCUCCGGUUCCCGGCUGAAGCUCUGGGCUUUCUGUGUGUUUAGCUACGCGAUCUGUCAGCUCUCCCCACCUUCACCUCCGUGGGUGGAUUUAUGCAACUCGAGGAUCGCCGGCUGGAGCGAGCGUGGCGGUGACACCCGGCAGCGGAGCACGACGUGCCGGAGCACGGCUGCGUGCGGCUGAGUCAGGAGGGAGCUGGGAGCAGCAGCCCUGAGAAAGAAGAGGAAGUACAGUCAUGGUAAAACUUCAUCUCAAGUUAGACAAACAAACAAACCCAGAGGAUGGGAGCGCAGUGAAGCGAUGUCCUCGGGAUCUUCCAGUCGCUCUCCGUGUAUAGCUUGAUUCUGAAGAGAAGCUGCUGCAUCGGUAAUCUGAGGAAGGGGAGUUCUCUGUUAAGACUGCAAGAAGAUACUACCAACUGAGUGGAGGCCAAGAACAGAGUGCAGCACUGGCUGUAGGUACCUUAACAUGGGGAACCUUCUUAAAGUUUUGACAUGCACAGACCUUGAGCAGGGGCCAAAUUUUUUCCUUGAUUUUGAAAAUGCCCAACCUACAGAAUCUGAAAAGGAAAUUUAUAAUCAGGUGAAUGUAGUGUUAAAGGAUGCAGAAGGAAUACUGGAAGACUUGCAGUCAUAUAGAGGAGCUGGCCAUGAAAUACGAGAGGCAAUACAGCAUCCCAAUGAUGAGAAGCUGCAAGAGAAGGCAUGGGGCGCAGUUGUUCCAUUAGUAGGCAAACUAAAAAAAUUCUAUGAAUUUUCUCAAAGACUAGAGGCGGGAUUGCGAGGUCUGUUGGGAGCCCUGACAAGCACUCCAUAUUCACCAACACAACACCUGGAGCGAGAGCAGGCUCUUGCUAAGCAGUUUGCAGAAAUUCUUCACUUCACACUCCGGUUUGAUGAGCUUAAGAUGACAAAUCCUGCUAUACAGAACGACUUCAGCUACUAUAGAAGAACUCUGAGCCGUAUGAGGAUUAACAAUGUCCCAGCAGAAGGAGAAAAUGAAGUAAAUAAUGAGUUGGCAAACAGAAUGUCUUUAUUUUACGCUGAAGCAACACCGAUGUUGAAAACCUUAAGCGAUGCUACAACAAAAUUUGUGUCAGAGAAUAAAAAUUUACCAAUAGAGAAUACUACAGAUUGUUUAAGCACCAUGGCCAGUGUGUGCAGGGUCAUGCUGGAAACCCCUGAAUAUAGAAGCAGGUUUACAAAUGAGGAAACAGUAUCAUUCUGUCUGAGGGUAAUGGUGGGUGUCAUCAUACUCUAUGACCACGUGCAUCCGGUGGGCGCUUUUGCCAAAACUUCAAAAAUUGAUAUGAAAGGAUGCAUCAAAGUUCUUAAAGACCAGCCUCCUAACAGUGUAGAAGGUCUUCUAAAUGCUCUCAGGUACACAACAAAGCAUUUGAAUGAUGAGACUACCUCCAAGCAAAUUAAAUCCAUGUUGCAAUAACAAAUACCUGGAAUUCGCACCUGCUGUAGACAGACAGUAUUCUGCAAUGACUGAGAUGCACAGAUUUUUUUUUAGUGAUUGCAACUACUAUCUCGUUCAUUCUUGCUUUUUUUUUUCUUCUCUCUUCCUGUUUACCCUUUUUUAUCACUUUCUUGUUCUUAAGUAAGCUCAGACUUCUUUUCUGUGCCAAAUCAAUAAAAUUAUGAAUUCUGGAAAGUAUUUCUACUUUUCAGAAUAGCCAUCCUAAGUGGCAGCUAAUUAUGCGUUGCAUUUGGAUUUCUCUGUACGGGGGAAAGAUUUGUGACUUGAACUAAAUAUUUUUAAACUUGUGGUUUUUUCUUUUUUUGAAAAACUAAUAUUUAAUAUUGCUUCUUCUGCAUGGCAAGACUGCCUACUUCUGCUAUUUAAAAAUCCCUUGAUGACUUCAUUUUCUAUUGCAGCUUAUUUUCAUGUGCAACCAUGAGGAAACUAAAAGCAGAUUUGUUUAAAUUAACUGUGUUUGUACAAAAUGGUACCCAACACAAAAGUUUUUUUAAAUGAGUAAAAACUGUUUUGUUUAAAAGUUACGUUUGCAUUUUGACUCAUUUUUGUAAGGAUGUAUGUUGUAUGUUUAACCUUUAAUAACUAACGUUAAACUGUGGUGUGUGCGUAGCAAAAUUACGUAUGCAUGUUCAUGUCAAAUGAUUGGCUGUGGAUAAGAUAAUAAAAUCAGCUUUCAUUUUUCUAA